UUUCGUGAACAACAGCUCACCAAAUCCCUACAAUGAACAAAGUUUGUUUUGUACUUUUGGCAAUCUUUGCUGUUGCUUCAGCGGAGGAGAAUUCUUCUGGUGAUGAUGUCUCCUGGAGUAAAUUUGAGAAAAUUGCAAAAGGUGAAACCGCCUCUUUGCUGCGGAAAUCGCUUCCUGGUCUUAUGAGAAGUGUCCAGACUGAAAAUGUCAGCCAGGAAUGUCAAACGAGCAUGAUGAAGUAUGCUAUAGGACUGACCAAGUGGACAGAUUGGGCAGUUUGGAUGGCGGAUGCUACAGGAAAACUACCUGGUGGAGUCCUUGAAGGAACUGUUAUGGCUUUCGGGUCCUACACGGAGUGCCUCAAAAUAAGGGUAAAACACUCUUCAAAUGGCAAAGAAAACUUCCGCGGCCGUUACUGUAUGAUUGGCUACAAAUCGCCGCUAUUAUCUCCUUUACAUGAGAAAACACCUGCUGGUGACAGUUAUGUUGACGCUUACGGAGUUCCACCUAGCUGGGUUACUAUGUUGAUAAAUAGAACUGGUCCAUACUUGACACGAGUAGCAUUCUGGUUUGGAACUUGUGUUCCCUCAAGUUGUACAGAAGAUGAUGUAAAAGAAAUUUUUACUUCUGUUACGAAGCCUUUGGGAAUGAGCGUAAAAUUAGCUGGAUGUGAAACUGAUGAGCCUGGUACAACAUGGCCUACAUCUGCUUUAAUAGCUUUGUGCUUUCUGUGUUUGAUAUUAGGUACAUGUCUAUUGGGUACUAUUUUAGAUGUCAUUAUCCGGUACCAAGUGGAGACGCAACAACAUUCAGAACCAGAUUUUGUGACUUUUCGCAUUUUGAGAGCAUUUUCACUGUAUUCGAACACUGAGAAAUUGUUUGCAGGCACCAGCGGAAAUGACACAUUAAGUUGUUUCCACGGCAUCAGAUUCUUCUCUGCUGUGUGGAUUAUCCUAGGACACACAUAUUUCUUCACAGAUACUUGGAAGUACAUGAAGUAUCGGGAUGCAUUAGCAAUAGACGAUUAUUUCAACUAUUUUCUGCCAACUGCUGUUCUUGAGAAUUUUACGGUUCCAGUUGGAUCAUUCUUUUUCAUGAGUGGAUUCUUGUUGGUGUUUGCAACUUGGAAGAAACUGGAAAAAAGUAAUGGAAAACUGGAUCUGUUCAUGUUCUUCGUCCACAAGUAUUGGAGAAUGACACCAGCUUUAGGACUGAUGAUAUUAUUGCUUUUUACAUUGCCUAUUAUCGGUUCUGGCCCUCUGUGGAAUUCUGCAUUGGAUCCUCCAGUCAGUGCUUGUGAAAACCAUUGGUGGACGAAUUUACUGUACAUUAAUAACUUCUGGGGUAGUGAGAAUUAUUGCCUUGUGCAUACUUGGUAUCUUGCAGCUUUAAUGCAGUUUCACAUAAUUGGUAUAGUGAUCUUAUUGCUGUCGUUCAGAUGGCCUAAUUUUGGAAUUUUUCUGGGAUUCAUCACGGCUGUUGCAAGUUGUGUUACAACUGCUCUGCUCGUUAUUUGGAACGAUUUUCCCAUGCCUACUCCGGCAAUCAACAAGGAUAUGGAUGUUAUGGAAGAGUACAAUACGAAAAUCUACAUCAAACCUUUUUGCCACGUACCAACUUACCUGAUAGGAAUGGCUUUCGCUUUUCUCGUGUUAAAAUAUAAAGACAAACAAAUAGGAAAGGGAUGCCAAAUUUUAGGUUGGUUUCUGGCAAUAUUGGGAGCUUUAUCUUCGGUUUAUGGUAUAUAUGGGCCAUCAGAGAGUGUGGAAGUCAGGGCAUUUUACUUGUCCUGUUACAGGAUAGGUUGGACUCUGAGCAUUGGGUGGCUUACAUUUAUUUGUAUCACAGGUAGAGGAGGUAUUGUGAAUCGUCUUUUGUCGUGGAACGUUUUUAUCCCUUUGGGUCAUCUGAGUUAUCUUGUGUAUCUUCUUCAUCCACUUAUCAUGUUGUACAGAACAGCAUCUAUGAGAGAACGAAUUAGUUAUGGACAUACUGAACUGGUGUUCGAGUUCCUGACAUACACUGUAAUAGCUUUUUUCCUCGCAUAUAUUGGGCACAUAGCCGUGGAGAAGCCAUUUUUAAUUUUAGAAGGAAUAUUUUUCCGAAAACGACCAUCAGAAAACCUCAAAAAGCCUGCUAAUUCUAAAGAACCUGUGUUAACAUGCCAAAUUAAAACGGUUCCAGCAUGAAAGGAUUUACCACUACUGACGACAAUUUCACUGUUAAACAAAUUUUUCAUUUUGACUCAUACUUUUGAGAUUUUAAAGUUGGAAAAAGUACGAAAAUCGAAAAGAGAAAACAGCAUUGUUUUUCAAAAUUAAACUAUUUUAAAGCAUAUAAGAAAUUUGAUUAGUAUACAAACUACUAAUUCGACAAUUGAAGUUUUAAAAAAUGAAUUCUGCAAUUUA